AUGAGUUCAAGAGGUGGAAGCGUAUGUUAUAAAUGCAAUCAACCGGGUCACUUUGCUCGUGAAUGUCCCGAUGGCGAUGGUGGCAGCGGUGGUGGUGGCCGAGGUGGAUUUGGCGGUGGACGAGGUUCGUACGGUGGUGGAAGUUCGUACGGAGGACGUGGUUCGUAUGGUGGAGGUCGUGGUGGUGGAUAUGGUGGUUCUUAUGAUAGAUCAGGUGGCCGUUGUUACCGUUGCAACCAAACUGGUCACUUGGCGCGUGAUUGCCCAUCAGACAGCAGUCAAAGUGUUUGCUACAACUGCAAUCAACCUGGUCAUUUAAGCCGUGAUUGCCCAGAACCACGCGCAAAUAACUUUGGCAGUGGUGGUUUCCGUGGAAGUCGAGGAGGCGGCGGUAGCUGCUAUCGAUGCAACAAACCCGGCCAUUUUGCUCGAGAUUGUAGUGAACCAGAUACACGUGGUAAUUCCAAUCAACAAGGUGGUGAUGAUGACCAUUAG